AGUAUUUUAUAUAAAUAUAAAAUUCCAACAAUGUCAAACGGCUGUUGACAUAGAAUUUAAAUAUAAGUUUUGCAAUAAUCAAAAAAAUCUUGAAUGAUUGUUCAAGGCUAUUGUUUAAAACGUAUGUAAUGAGUGUUUCAAUAAUGUCGGUAUUAAAAAGUAUUCUUAGAGAGAAAUAUAAUUGUCAACAAUACUAUAAAAGAAGUAAAAAGAAAUUCUUAAAACAUUCAUUCUUAUCUUUGAAUUAGCAUUGAAAGGUGAAGCUUUGAAAAUGAAUCGCCUAAUGAAUGCAAUUUGCAUAUCAGGAUGGUUUACGUUCUUUCUCAGAAAGAAAAAAACUAUGCCUGAGCUGCUUCCUGCAGCUGGUAUGAUUGAAGAGACCCACGGGUCUCAAUUACAGGAGAUUGGCAUAACAUCUGGCCAUGGUGACCAAAGGUCACUGAGUGAUUUUGUGGUGAAAGACCCUCCUCGUAUUGUGUCCACAUUUGUGGAGUCACAAGAACCGGAGUGGUACAGGAAUGACUGGGAGGAAUCAGGAAUUAAACAGACUUACAGUGGUGAUGAUAGUUUGAUACAUCCACCAGAAAUAUCUGGUUGCACUAAUGCGCCACUGAAAGCUGAAAUCAAACUGAGCAACAUCAUUCCUGGUUCAAGUGUGAAACUCUACCGAAAAGGGAAGAGAGUGAAAAAGUUUGAAGUUGCUGUCGCUAAUGAUACUGUCACCAUUACCUUCAAAAAACAUAAACUGAGUGACAGUGGAAUUUACCAUCUUGCUUUAUGCCAUAACAACAACGAGGACAGCGUAUUGUUGAAUUUGUCUUUCGGCAGAAUGAUCAAAAAGAAGAUCGAUUUCUAUUCCCAUUUGCCAAAACCGAAAGGUCAAAAAUAUUGGAACUUCUUCGAGAACAAGGGCAAGUUUUACGGGUAUCAAAAAAGAUUCAACCUUUAGGUUGAAAAUGAGGGCAUGCCAAAAAUAGUCUAAGAAGACUUGCAGUCUGAGAAGACAUUUGUAUAUAUGUUGAUUUUUAUUAUUAUAUUUAUUCUUAUAUUUAUUCUUAUUUAUUCAUAUAUAUCCUGAGUUGCACUGUGCGCCCAAAAUUUUUUGUACAUAAUAAAACCCUU